GUUGUGGGUUUACUGCCUACUAAUCAUGGGAGCUAUUACUCCGAUACAGCAGAUGCAAUAUUCGAAGCGUAUAUCGGGCAUUCGGUCAAAGAAUCACGGGAAGCGUAUCGAAAACGAACAGACAGGCAUGUAAUGUUCAACACUAGCUCACAUCUCGUCGCCCAUCUUAUCAACAAUGGUACUUUCAAACACGUAAAAGUGUCUCCAAAUGCCACAUCUACGACGACAACAGAAAAUCCAAAAAAAUUCAUGGCGACAAUCACGCCUAAUAAAACCGAAACGGCGAUGUAUUCUAAAAAAGAUUUCCUAAAGAGAAGAAAACUUAGGCAGCUAGAGGAAAUGAUUACAAGUCCCAGUGUUCUACAAGAAUAUUUAAACAACGUCGACUUUGACACAUUGACAAGACGCUUUGACGCAAUACCUUUGACCAGACGUAAAGAACCGUAUCCAACUAAACCCCCACGAAAGCCAGGGAAGUCAUUAGAAGAACGGGAAAAUGAAAAAAGAGAAAAAGUAAUUUACCAUCGUGACCCUUUCAGGCCAUCCUGGGCGUGGAAUUAUGAUUACCCAUACUUUAUGAACGGUUACAAGUACACGUUGGAGAAGAACAAAACUAUACAGAUCAUGCAUUCAAUAGUUCACGAAGUAAGAUACAAACUUGUUUUCCCGCAGUUGUUGAGAAAGAAAUACCAUAAAAGUAUACGGUACAGGCUGGGAUACCUUUUUUCAAUGCUGCGUCACUUGCAGCGACAAUCAAGAUUAGUGUAUCAUGAGCUAGAGAUAAUGGUUGGAUUGUACGUCACCUUAUAUCCCACUAUGCGACUAUUAGAUAAGAUUAGCCGGUUAGCCACGGACAUAAGGGACAUAAUAAAGCUGAUUAGGCAGUACGAGUUAGAGAGGAAAAUGGUAGUAGAUCCACACUACUAUGACUUCUUCCCGUCCUCUAGAGCGCCUAAAUGGAGAAGGGCGGACCCCAAAAUAAAGAAACGGAAAAAUUUUAAUCUAGAAGAAAUGAAGACACUACAAAAGAAAAUUGAAUUACAAAGACUUAAGUUGCGAGUAUAAUAUUUGUUGUAAAUAUUUAUUAAAUAAACGCCUCC